AUUGAUUGUUAGAGUUAAUUCUAACACUUUAAUUCCUCCAUCUACCUCCAUGAGUGCGACGUCUCUGCUGACGACAAGGUCGUAUUCUUUGUCGCGGGCACAUCAUAAAUUGUGCCUGCUGUCACAACCCCACCUUUCCCUUCCAACAUCACAUUCCCCGCGAUGCCAACGAUUCUCAUCCCAACCGACAAGGCGUCGCCGCCUUCUAACCCUCGCUAUCGAGUCGUCUUGCGAUGACACAUGCGUAGCAGUCCUUGAAAAGGAUACGGGUCCGAAAGGCGCAGCAUACCUACUCACCAACAAGAAGACCACAUCCGCAAACCGCUCGUCCCAAGGAGUGCAUCCCUUAAUCGCCCUCGCAUCGCAUACAGAACAUAUAGCAGGUCUGAUACGGGAAGCUAUACGCGCGCUCCCAAAAGUCUCUGAAAAGACAGACGCGAACUUAAGCAGCGAUAACCGUGACAUAAACAUAAGCGGAAAGGAGGAUGUGCUUUGGGUAGAUGGACAGGCCCGCAGGAAACCAGACUUCGUGGCGGUGACCCGCGGACCUGGAAUGUUGUCGAGUCUAUCCACAGGCCUGAACCUCGCCAAGGGGCUCGCGGUCGCGUGGGACGUACCAUUACUCGGCGUGAACCACAUGCAAGCGCACGCGCUAACGCCGCGACUCGUCAGUGCUCUCGAAGCCGGGAAACAAGAGCAGGCGCAAAAGGAAAACGGAAAAGACCAUGAACCCACCCCGACAUUCCCCUUCCUAUCCCUCCUAGUCUCCGGCGGGCACUCGCUCCUCGUGCUCUCGCGCACGCUCACCGACCACGCCAUCCUCGCGCAAUCGCACAGCAUCGCCAUCGGGGAUAUGAUAGACAAAUGCGCGCGCGACAUCCUGCCUCCCUCUUUGGUUGCCGCGGGCGGCGACACCGUCGUGUACGGUGCGCUUCUCGAGCGUUUCGCCUUUCCCGCCCCCGACCCGUCUGACGCCGAUAACACCGAAGCCGACACCGUAAACUACGACUACACGCCCCCCGCCAAACGCGGCGACGAGAUCCGCGUCUUCGACUCCGAAUACGGCUGGUCGCUACGCCCGCCGCUGGCCGAGUCCCGCAAGAUGGUGCUCGACUUCGGCGGCAUCAACGGCGCCGUGCUGGAGAUCGUGCUGCGGCGGCCCGACAUGGACGUUGCGCAGCGCCGCGUCCUUGCGCGCGAGACCAUGCGGUUGUCUUUCGAACAUCUAGCCAGCAGGGUUAUAUUCGCGCUGGAGAAGAGCGAGGGGAAGGGCGGGGAUGGCUCGUUGCGGGACGUAAGCACUUUGGUUGUGGCGGGUGGGGUCUCGAGUAAUCGCUACUUGAUGCAUAUCCUGCGCGCGGUGCUGGAUGUGCGCGGGUAUGGACAUAUUGAGAUCGUUAGCCCGCCGUUGGCGCUGUGUACGGAUAAUGCGGCGAUGAUUGCGUGGGCGGGCAUGGAGAUGUAUGAGGCGGGGUGGCGGACUGGGUUGGAUGUUCUUCCUAUUAGGAAAUGGCCUUUGGAUCCGACUGUGGAUGGUGGGAUUCUCGGGGUGAAGGGGUGGAAAAAUGUUGGUGAGAUGUUAUGAUGCGCCCUUUAGAGGCUUGCUUAGGUAAAAAAUAGUAGCGGGCGGAUGAGGACUACCGUACGACUAUACGAUUGCAUUGCAUGGAUGGCAUACACCGGCGUUACUUCACUAUGGGGAAAAAAGGGGGUUCACAUAAUAGAAAAUCUCGAU